AUGGCCUAUUGGAAGACCGUCAUCCCCCGACAGACGGUAUUAUUAUGGCUCACAAGCUUCUUCCUGUUGACGCUCCUAGACAAAUCCGGCGUCUUCGAACGCUUGCAAGAGACGCCCUACUCGGACUACUCGUAUCCCCCAGAAAUCGAUGCCAAACACCUCCUGCGGCUGCUCGGAACGGGCAGAGAACCCGCGGCCUACAGAGUUCAGAACCACUACGAGCGGUACGUCUUCAAGAUCAGCAACGAACUCAAGUGUCACGUUCCUGGAAACCGGACGUCCGUACUGAUCGUCGUCAAGUCUGCCGUAGCCCACCAGUCACGUCGAGACACGAUCCGCCAGACCUGGGGACAAGAAGGCCGCUUCGAGGACGUGGACCUCCGACGCGUGUUUAUGGUUGGUGUGAAAGCAAAUGACAAAACCGCACAGAGAGCCUUGGACGCCGAGCAUGCCCUUCACGGUGACCUCGUACAGGCGGACUUCAUCGACGCCUACUACAACAACACCAUCAAGACGAUGCUUUCCUUCCGUUGGGUUCUGGAGCACUGUUCCGACGUCCAGUGGAUCUUUUUUGUAGACGACGACACUUACGUAUCCGUGAAGAACCUAGCCCAAUUCGUCCGAGACUCAAUGAACCCGAAAGAUCGGCACUUGGUGGGCUAUGUCUACGACGACGACCCACCGUACAGGGCCCACUGGAGCAAGUGGUACGUGUCCUUGUCCGAAUAUCCCUACAGCCGGUACCCUCCGUUCGCGGUCGGUUGUUUGUACUUGGUUUCGAUGCCUGCGCUCAGGGAACUCUACCAGGUGGCCCGGUACACGCGGCAGUAUCGUUUCGACGACGUCUUUGUGGGCAUCGUGGCAAGAAAGACUGGACUGCGGCCGGUGCACAGUGACAAGUUUCGAGACAAGAACCCAGCCAGGAGGCCCGAAGAUUUCGUGGGGCUCGUGGCCUCUCAUGGAUUUCAUGACAGUGUCCACCUGGUUCGAGUUUGGAAGCAUCAGAAAUGCUUAGGGAAUGCGUGA